AUGACUGGGGGAAGGAGCAAUACAACAAUUACAAAGUUCAUUCUCUUGGGAUUCUCUGAAUUUCCAAAGCUCACCAUUGUCCUCUUUUCAAUAUUCCUAGGGAUCUACCUCAUGACAGUGUCCUGGAAUGUGAGUCUCAUUGCCCUCAUCAGGAUGGACUCCCAUCUGCAUACACCCAUGUACUUCUUCCUCAGCAACUUGUCCUUCCUGGACAUCUGCUAUGUUUCCACUAUAGCCCCCAAGAUGCUCUCAGACUUCUUCAAGAAACAUAAAUUCAUCUCCUUUAUGGGGUGCACCGUGCAGUACUUCUUCUUCUCUAGCCUGGGUCUGACUGAGUGCUGUCUUAUGGCAGCCAUGGCUUAUGAUCGAUAUGCUGCCAUCUGUAACCCUCUGCUCUACACGGCCAUCAUGUCCCCCACCCUCUGUGUGCACAUGGUGGCAGGAUCUUGUAUCACUGGAUUCCUGGGCUCAUUUAUUCAACUGUGUGCCUUGCUUCAGCUCCGUUUCUGUGGGCCAAAUGUCAUCAACCAUUUCUUCUGCGACCUGCCCCAACUGCUGAUCCUAUCCUGCUCUGACACCUUUUUCUUUCAAGUCAUGACCUCUGUGCUCACAGUGAUCUUUGGACUCACAUCUGUUGUGGUUAUCAUGAUAUCCUAUGGUUAUAUCGUUGCCACCAUCCUGAAGAUCACUUCAGCUGAAGGCAGGUCCAAAGCUUUCAACACCUGUGCUUCUCAUCUGACAGCCGUGACCCUAUUCUUUGGCUCAGGCAUCUUUGUUUAUAUGUAUCCUAAUUCUGGUGAUUCCCUGAGCCAAAACAAGUUGGCAUCAGUCUUAUACACUGUCAUAAUCCCCAUGUUAAAUCCACUGAUCUAUAGCCUGAGGAACAAAGAUAUCAGAGAUGCCCUAAACAGAUGGAAGAAGAGAAUCUUCUUCUGGUGUUAG